AUGCGUUCGCCUAGAAAAUUGCUUAAACAGCUCUCGAUUUCAAGAGGAGAACGCCGCCGUCGAUCGAAUGACAGUAAUGUGCCGACACCGCCGGCGUCGGCGAACUCGAUCGGCUCAAACAUGCCGCCGGCGUCGCCGCGACUAAGCCCAAAUGAAUGGCAAUUCGCGUUUGAUCACGUGAUUUUCGAUCCGGAUGGUCGCGCUCAAUUCACCAAAUUCUUGCAAUCUGAAUAUUCCGAGGAGAAUAUUCUAUUCUGGUGGGCUGUUGAAGAGCUGAAGGCUGUGAGCUCGACUGACGGCCGCGCCAAAUUCGAGCAAACCGUUCAAGAGAUGUACGACACGUUCAUCGCUGCCGAAUCGCCGUUGGCUAUUAAUAUUGAUCAUGACACCAGAACUGAUAUUAUCGAAAGAGUCGAAGGCAAGGAUCCCAGCAGCUUCCCGGAGAACAUCUACGAGCGAGCUCAGGCUCAUGUCUACCGUCUCAUGGAGAAGGACUGCUUCUCACGCUUCGUGCACACCGUCGCUUACAAGGACGUCGCGAAGAAGCUGAGCCUUCCGCAGACGUUUCGAUUCAACGUGCGACUCUCGCCGGGCUCCUAA